GACGCGUCUCGCCCUACGUCACAGUGAAGUAUGUGCUCUCGGAUGUAGAAAAUGGCUGCGCUCUUCGCCACCCCAGGUCGGCGCGGAUGUAAAUACGGCCUGUGGAUCAGCUUAGGAGUGUUUAUCACGAAAUUUGUUUGUGCAUUAGGAAUUACGUGUUAUUGUGAAGGGCACUGUCCAGAUGAUCGAGAAAAUGGAACUUGUGAGGGGAGACCUGGUGGUCAUUGUUUCAGUGCAGUAGAAGAAGUUUGGGAUGCAGAAUCAGGAGAAUAUGUGCCUGAAUGGUCAUUUGGCUGUCUACCACCAGAUGAACAAGGUUUUAUGCAAUGUAAAGGAUACCUUGUGCCACACUUACAGGGGAAAAGCAUAAUAUGCUGUAACAAAAGUGCACUAUGUAACAAAGAUUUAUAUCCUGAUUAUAAACCCCGAACUACCACAGUACCUAAUCCAAUGGCCAUAGCAUCGGGUGCGCCACUUAUAAUAUUGACUACCAUUUUGUCUAUAUGCUUAAUGGUAAUUUCAAUAGCUAUGGUGAUCAUAUAUCACAGAUACAGAAGAAAAGAAAGGGGCCCUUGCCUAGUGCCUUCUCAGGGAACGCUUAAAGACUUUAUUGAUCAGAGUAGUGGCUCUGGAUCAGGAUUACCUCUUUUAGUACAACGAACUAUUGCCAAGCAACUAGCCUUGUCUCAGUGUGUUGGGAAGGGACGUUAUGGUGAAGUAUGGCUUGCAAGAUGGAGAGGAGAAAAAGUGGCAGUGAAAGUAUUUUUUACAUUGGAAGAAGCAUCUUGGUUUCGGGAAACUGAGAUUUAUCAAACAGUGUUAAUGAGGCAUGAUAAUAUUUUGGGUUUUAUUGCUGCUGAUAUCAAAGGCACAGGAUCCUGGACACAAAUGUUAUUAAUUACAGAUUAUCAUGAAAGAGGCUCAUUAUAUGACUAUCUCCAAACUACUGUUCUAGAUCACCCUAGCCUUUUAGCAAUAUGUCUUUCAAUUGCUUCUGGAAUUGCUCAUCUUCAUACAGAGAUCUUUGGCACACGUGGAAAGCCUGCUAUAGCUCAUAGAGAUAUCAAAAGUAGAAACAUUUUAGUGAAAAAGAAUGGUGAAUGUGCAAUUGCUGACUUUGGUUUGGCAGUAAGAUAUAUAAGUGAAAGUGGAGAAAUUGAUAUUGCACCUAAUACACGAGUGGGUACUCGUCGAUAUAUGGCUCCAGAAGUUUUGGAUGAAACCUUAAACACAUCUUCCUUUGAUGCUUUCAAAAUGGCAGAUAUGUAUUCUGUUGGUCUUGUGCUUUGGGAAGCUUGCAGAAGAUGCAUUACAGGUAGCAAAAGUUCUAUGGUGGAACCAUAUGCUUUGCCAUACCAUGAUGUUGUUCCAAGUGAUCCAGACUUUGAAGAUAUGCGACUAGCAGUUUGCGUAAAACGAUUACGUCCAAUAAUACCAGCGCGGUGGGAAAAUGAUUCAAUUCUGUUUGCGCUGAGUAAGCUGAUAGCCGAAUGUUGGCACGCAAAUCCAGCCGUUCGUUUAACAGCGCUACGUGUGAAAAAGACAAUAUCAAAACUACAUAUUGAUAAUGCUAUUAAAAUCGUAUAGCGUUCGACGAUAUUCGUCGAAUGUGUUCUAUCUUAUCGCUAGUAGCUGAAAAAUAAUUUCUUCCCUUGUAAAUAACCCGGUGUACAUAGAUUUAUUGACAGACUGCAAGCCUGAAGACUGAAUAUUAAGAUUUAAAAAUACAUGAAAAUGUAUGAAUGUGCGAAUUUGUAUGAUCAAAUGAAUGAUCAAUUGUGAGUUAAGAAGAAAGAAAUUAUGAAUGAACGUUGUAUAUGUGUAUAUCUUUUGUUUUUAUGUGAAAGGCGACAAAACAUGAUGAAUAGUCUAUGUUCUAACGCGCCUCACUGUGUUAAAAUUUAUUGAAUGUAUUCAACAAUGGCUACUACUUAGAAAAAAUAAUUGUUUUUCCAGCCAAAAAAACAAGCGCGCAUGAACGCUAAACAAAAACAUUUCAAAUAAAUUUAAUAGCAAAAAUCUAUAGAAAAGUGAAAACACCGUUUUGAUGAUAGCAUUUAAAUUUAUCGUAUCUAUUCAAUGUUACGAAUUUAUACGUAUUAAAAUCCCACCAUUAACAGAAUCGUGUUAAUCUAUAAUAUUCAUAUGCUUUUGAUAUGAUUGUCAUUGAAAAGUGCAAUACUACAAUGAGUGUACAAUUUUAUUCGGAAAAUGAAAUAUCUUACAGGAUACAUGAAAUUUUAAGUCGUUUAUAGAUAUAAAGACGAUCUUUAUAUUAAGAACGUAUGAAAUAUGUAGCGAUUGUAAAAUAUAAAUAUUUGAAAUAUU